UUUAUCAUAACAUAACGUCUAUUUUUUAAUUUUCCACCAGAUAAAAUAUUAAGAUAAUAUAAUAAAUCAAACAUUAAAUUUAUAAAAAAAUAACAUAUUUGAUAAUUAUAACAAACCCAAAACAUUACCCCUAUCAAAAUACUUAUUUUUGUAAUAAAAGUACAAUAGAAGUAUCAAAGUGAGUCGAAAGGUCAUAGAGAAAAACUUUUGUGCAAAAAGAAAUUGAACAAAGAGUCAGAGGGUAGACUCACACAAUGGUCUUUCAAUUGAAUGACACUAAGCAAUUCUUUAUUUAUUGUCCUUUUCUUAGUAAGAUCUUCUUUAUAAACCACUCCAAAAUCUACAUCUUCCUCAUCAAAAACAAAAAAAAAAAAACAACCUCUUUUAGCUCCUCCUGAAUUAUCAGUUAUCAUUUUAGUCUCCUCCUAAUUAAUGUCAACCCAAAAGAGGUCACAAAAACCCUUGAUGAAAGGAUUUGAUGAGCAACAAAUAUCAUCUGCAGCCAUGCUUUUUCCUUUCCUCCAAAGAAACACCUCAGUAUCUCAGCCUAAUGAAAGGCGAGGCCGGCGGAAACAGGCGGAACCGGGCCGAUUUCUAGGAGUAAGAAGGCGUCCCUGGGGCCGGUAUGCGGCCGAAAUAAGAGACCCUACUAGCAAGGAAAGACAUUGGCUUGGCACCUUUGAUACUGCUCAUGAAGCUGCUCUUGCUUAUGAUAGGGCUGCCCUUUCAAUGAAGGGUACUCAAGCUAGAACCAACUUCAUUUACACUGACACAUCUCCUUUUUUACCCCUUCUUUCACCUUUUGACGGCCCAACUCUUUUACCUUCAUCAACGCAUUUUUUCUCUCUAUCUCCUUCUCAUCCUAAACCACCACCCACUACUAAUACUCUCAUUACUCCUCCACCAUUAUUACAAAAUAACUCCAUCAAUAUCACCUCGGUCGACUCAGAAACUGACAGCUCUCACUCUGCUAAUCAAUCAUCUCUCAAAUGUAAUGAUUUUAGCUUCUCUAAUUAUGAUAACUCCGGUUACCUAGCUUCUAUUGUACCCGAAAACUGCUUAAAACCACCUCCUUCAAAUAUUACCCAAACUAAUAACCUUCCAAAUAGCAAUGACCCUACAAAUGGUGGGUACCUUACAUCCCAUUAUGAUUAUACCAUGCCAACAUUAAUGUCAUCAUGCGAUACUAAUAAAGAUCAUUAUUCUCUCCCUCUCAACAACGUUAACAUUAAUGAUGAUUACAAUCUAAUUAGUGGUACAUUAUCAUGGGAUAUGAGUAAUUUUAAUGAUUAUUCUGAUCUAUCAGACAUGAUUAGUAAUCCAAUAAUGAUGCAAGACGGUUGCAUGGAAGCGUUAUAUCCAAUGGUUGAUGACAUAAUACCAUCAUCUACUUCUUAUUUUUCAACUUCUGAGGAUAUGCUUGAGUUGGGAUAUUCACUGUUCUAG